AUGUUCUUCUAUUUGACCGUCAUCGCGAGACUUCAGGCCCCUUUCUCUGAACUGGGCGGUGAUGGUGGUGAAGACAAGGUAGGCGUCUCCGUUGGCCGUGACACUGACAGGCGCGCUUUUAAGUCCGUUGAACUUGAUGAUGUUACGAUCUCGAAGCGAAUCCACAGAAAAGGCGUGGCCGUUGUAUUAGCUGUUGAUCCCUUCUGCAAGUCCGGGCUUGUGUCGUGGUUGACUUCGGCCGCCCACGCGGCCGUACCCAGCCACGCUCUGGCCAAGGGCCCGAAACAUGCUCGCCAAAGAUAUCAAAGUAUGUAA